CCGCCCCUCCGCAAGGACGGGGCGUGAGAAGCCGGCAAACAUGGCGGCCCCCUGUCUCCUCGGCCUGCCGGUGGCUACCCUGGCCGCCGUGGCGCUCUUGUCUCUCGGCAGCUCCGCCGCUAGUCACGUCGAGGAUCAAGCAGAACAGUUCUUUAGAAGUGGCCAUACAAACAACUGGGCUGUUUUGGUGUGCACAUCCCGAUUCUGGUUUAAUUACCGACAUGUUGCAAAUACCCUUUCUGUUUAUAGAAGCGUCAAGAGGCUAGGCAUUCCUGACAGUCACAUUGUCCUGAUGCUUGCCGAUGAUAUGGCGUGCAAUGCUCGAAACCCCAAGCCGGCCACAGUGUUCAGCCACAAGAACAUGGAGCUCAAUGUGUAUGGAGAUGAUGUGGAAGUGGACUACAGAAGCUAUGAGGUAACCGUGGAGAACUUUCUGCGGGUAUUAACUGGGAGGGUGCCACCUAGUACUCCUCGCUCAAAGCGUCUUCUUUCUGAUGACAGAAGCAAUAUUCUCAUUUAUAUGACAGGUCAUGGGGGAAAUGGUUUCUUGAAAUUCCAAGAUUCUGAAGAAAUCACCAACAUAGAGCUUGCGGAUGCUUUUGAACAGAUGUGGCAGAAAAGACGCUACAAUGAGUUGUUGUUUAUUAUUGAUACUUGCCAAGGUGCAUCCAUGUAUGAGCGGUUUUAUUCUCCCAACAUCAUGGCUUUGGCUAGUAGCCAAGUGGGAGAGGAUUCGCUGUCACAUCAACCAGACCCUGCCAUUGGAGUGCAUCUUAUGGAUAGGUACACAUUUUAUGUCUUGGAAUUUUUGGAAGAGAUUAAUCCAGCUAGCCAAACUAACAUGAAUGACCUUUUCCAAGUUUGUCCCAAAAGUCUCUGUGUAUCUACUCCUGGACAUCGUACUGACCUUUUCCAGCGAGAUCCUAAAAAUGUCCUGAUAACCGAUUUCUUUGGAAGUGUUCGGAAAGUGGAAAUCACAACAGAGACUAUCAGUCUGCAAGGAGAUUCACAAGUUGUGGAGAGAAGUUAUGAGGAAGACGGGACAGUGGAGGAGCUCACAGAACCUCUCAAGUACGCUGAGCAGCUCCCAGUGGCUCAGAUAAUACACCAGAAACCGAAGCCAAAAGAUUGGCACCCUCCCGGCGGCUUCAUUCUGGGACUGUGGGCGCUCAUUCUCAUGGUCUUCUUUAAGACCUAUGGAAUCAAGCACAUGAAGUUCAUCUUUUAGACUGGAGGAUGGAUGAAGAACAAAUGGAGGAUUGCAGCCUUGGAUAAAAACAUCGGUUUUCAUGUUUUUAAAUAUGUUGCUUUUGUGUAAAUUUGGGAAGAAAUUAGGAAAAAUGAAUUUAAUGAACUUUUGACUUUUUGACUU